AUGCAGUCCCAUCCGGAACUCCAUAAAGGAAAAUUUAGUUCUACGUUCACUAGCAAAAAAUCUAAAUUACUUUGGCAGCAAAUAACUAAUGAACUUAAUUCUAUUGUUGGAGCUACUAAAGAACCAUUAAAAUGGAAAAAAUGUUGGAUAGACUUAAAGAGUAAUGUAAAGACAAAAAGUGUCGAGUACAAAAAAAGUUGUAGAAAGACUGGUGGAGGGGAUAAUGAAAAUGAAAAGACUGAUGAAUGGGAAGAUAAAAUUUUAAAUCUUAUUGGAGAGGUGCCUGUUAAUGGACAUCCAAACACUGCUGAACCGGUUGUGAACUUUGAAGGUUUCGAAAUGGUUGUAGACACUGAAAGACUUGAUGAGUCUAAUGCUGUUUUGUUACCAGCGGCUAGUUAUAGUUUAACUGAAUUUAAAGAAUUAGAUGAACAUAUAAACAGGGAAGAUAUUAGUGAUAUUAACUUACCUGAUCAAGAAAAUAGAAGCCACUUUAACGCUAUUUCCUAG